AUGUGCUGCAAGUCAGCAACAUGGUGGCUUGAUUGGGGCAAGGAUGGCAUGGGUAGUGACCCCCACGCUAUCCGCAUUGCGAGCGCCUUGCGCCGUCCAACCCUGUCUUCGCAGGCUUUUUCUAAUGAGCGAUGCAAGAACCGCAGUUUCUCCGCAUCAGAAAGGGAGCGCGAGUCGAUGUGCAUUGACCGUGUGGACCUUGUGCAGAUCGUAUACCCAUCUCCAGAGAGGAGUGCCUUGCUGGAGGACGAGACAACGCAACACGAGACGACAGCAGACAGGUGCUCGAACAGCUACGAAACACGCCAGUCGGAUAGAGACCACGAAGCGUCGGAUGUAGCCUUUGUGUUGUUCGGAACUACCGGUGAUACUUCCCCGUUCAAACAACAGAGGGGCACUAUAGAACAAAGGGGCCAGGGACAGGACCAUAGCACGGAGUACGGUAGCGAUGGCGACUUGAAACGCAUCGUCGUCACUAGUGAGAUGCGAGCUCAGAACUUCCAGAUACACGUGCCAGCCACACCACGCGGCUGGUGUAGCGCAAGCAAUAGUAGUGGAGCCUCGUGGACCCUUAGAUGGCGAUGUCGGGAAAUGGCGAGCGUGCUCUUCCGGCGCUCGCAGUCACCACGCCGUUGGCUGCAGCUCCACCCGCACUUUUCUCCCACUCUGCUCCCGCGGGCCAAAACGCCCAGCGAAGCUUCGUUCCAGGGUUCCAAAUUGAUCGAGCGCUGCACGGAUCAAGCGUCCUCCAACCUGACAGGGCGCCGCGGCAGCGUGCAGCUUAAGCGGGCGAGCAUUUUCCCGCUCAGCCUUUCUUUUCUGCUGGAUGACCUCAACGGCCAGUGCUGCUGCUCCGCUCUCCUCCACGGCCAGAAACCCCAAGCGCCCCAGCCUGAGCGCAACGCGCGCUGUCGUGUGCGCGCGCGCCUUUCUUUUGCUCGCGGACGCCCGUCUGGCUUGCGACCCGGCGCCCGACGAGCGCACGUCGACGCCUUGCACGCGCAGGGUAGCCGUCCGCUCGGCAGCGCAUCCUGGACUGCCAGAGACGCCACGGGUCGUCUGAUUCGGCCCUGCUCUGCUGCACCCCCACUGAAAGUGAACGCUCCCACGCACGACCUCACCACACCCGCCGCUCCUCCAUCCAGGAUCCCAGGCCCGAGGCCAGCAGCUGGAAGCGUCACGACCGCUGCUGUCGCCAGAACCCCCGCCAAGCCUGUAGCCCGCUGCAGAGCGCGCUGCCGGCCCAGCCUUCGUGCAAAUUGUCCCGACCUAAUUCCUCAUCGGUCGCCCAAGAGCCUGAGCGCUGCGCUUCCCCGUGGGCACACAGCAAAAGCAAUUCCUGCUGUCUCUGCCCUGCCCGGGGCGCCGUACCAUCGAACCGUGCAUCCUGCGGAGCCAGCGCGUGGGGUUGAGGGCGUGCGCGCCGCUCUGCUUUCCGACGUCUUUGACGCAGCCGCUAUUGGAGCAUUCGCGGAUCAACACCUGCCUACAUCAUCCUCCCCCAGACUCGCCUGGCCGCCCCUCGACGGCUUCCCGACCGCCAGCCAUUUCCUCCAGCAACCGCGCGCACGCGACAAUCUGGAGGCCAAACUGGACAAGCUGGAUCUCACGCCCCAGGAAGCGGCUGCUCGCAAGGGCAUGCUCGACACCUCGAUAUUCCCCGCGCUGAAGAACGAUGCAGGCGCGGCCGACCUAGCUACGCCGGAGGAAAUGCAGAAGAACGACCCCCUUGCGACUCAGAUAUGGAAGCUGUAUUCUAAGGCGAAGACGCAGCUCCCUAACGCGGAGCGCAUGGAGAAUCUCACCUGGCGAAUGAUGGCCAUGAGCAUGCGGCGUGCCGAGCGCGAUCGCAAUAAAGGACCAGGUCAAUCCUCCGAGAUGAAGCCGCCGACGACGAGCAGCGCGGGCGCACUCAAGUCCGCACCGAGCGGAAUCGCACAAUUGAGGCGGUCGGUGGACCAGCAGGCCCAAAUACAAACCCCGCAGAGUGAUGCUAUGAAUUUGGACGAUUUUAUACUUCCGUCGUCCGUAGGAUCCCCAGCAGGAUUACCUCCGUCGCCGUCGAAUGAGACGCGGGCACAGUCUAAUGCAACCGCCCCAGCGAUACCGAUAAGGAAGGCUAAUCAAUCCCACGACCAAAACCUCUCGCUCGCCCGCGCCUCCGCUCCCUCAAUUCCUCCGAUCAUCAAUCGAGAGAAUGAAUUUGGGUAUGUCCAGCGACACGUCCGCAAGACCAGCAUCGACGAGCGACGACCUCCCAAGCGGCGAGCAGAGGCGUCUCCUCAGGUACCGCCCGUGAACAACACCAUGAUACCGAGCAACCCCGAUGACGAGGCCGCCCUCCACCAGUACUCGCUCGACCAGUCGAUGCACCCGCCCCACUUCAGCACCUCCCAGCCCCAGGUUCCCUUCUCCAUAGACACAUUCCACCUCCACGAGGACCCUAUCAUAAGCUCGGCUGGCCCGUUCCAGCAGAACUUUGGCUUCUCGCCCGUAGGCUCGCCCCUCAUGACCCAGAACCCUUCCUACUCCAAUCUCUUCAACCCGAACUCGAUGGCGUCGUCGCUCAACUCCACCGACUACUACUCUCCUCCUAGCUCCGCCUUCCCAUCGGCAGUGUCGACGCCGCAGCCCAUGUCCGAGGAGAAUCAGAUGUACUUUGAUCGCAAUGGCAUGGACAUCCGAGGCGCGCACAGCAGUCACGGAUUCGGCCCUCAUCGGCCGUCGAACCUAUCCACAUCUAUGCAGCCACAGUACAUCUUCAACCCGAGCGGCACUGGCGACUCAAUGUUCAGUGCCGUGACGAAUUCCACAGCUUCCGCACCCUUUUCGGCGCCGGCAUAUGGCCAGCCCGGCCACGUCGAGCCCUCGCAGGUGCUGCACAACAAUCUCCCACUGCGACAGGAUAACAUGCAGAUACCGCGACAUGAGAAUAUGUUCUCGUUUGGCGCCGAUUCGGACGGCGAAGACGAGGAAGGCGGUGCGUUUCCGGACAGGACGAUGCCGGCCCAAUCCGAGUACUCGCCAAUGGACGACGGGUCGCUUGACUUUGGCGCUGGGUUUCAGUGGGAGACCAAUCUGUCGAAUGCCUUUAAUCCCAUGGCAGCGCGAUACCCGGCGGGGCCCCCACGGAAAACCGUCACGAUCGGGACAACCGAAAUGCUUCCCUCGCCGCAAGAUCACUGGAGCCCGGGUGGAAGCCUUGGCCGAACACACGGCUCAGCGGCCUCCGUCAGCGACAUCCGCAAUCGUGGGAACGACCCCCGACGCCAGAAGAUACCCCGCACCAGCUCGACCCCCAACGCAGCUGGCUUGGCUCAAGGGAUGCACGGGCGACCUCAGUCGUCGCCGAACUCACCACCCGAGUCCGGCUUUAACUCCGCCGCUCCAUCUCGUCCUCCAAGUCCUGGUGGCACCAAGCAGGGGGAGCAAGGCAGCAUCCCCACGACUUGCACCAACUGCUUCACCCAGACUACGCCGCUGUGGCGUCGCAACCCCGAGGGUCAUCCGCUCUGCAAUGCAUGCGGUUUAUUCCUGAAGCUGCAUGGUGUGGUUCGUCCGUUAUCGCUGAAGACGGACGUUAUCAAGAAGCGCAACCGUGGCAGCGGCAAUUCUGCUCCCGUUGGCGCAUCAUCAACGCGCUCUUCGAAGAAGUCGUCUCGCAAGAAUUCCCUCGCGCAAACGCCGGUCACGACACCCACGUCCGGUAAAGGUGCUGAUUCGGAGUCACCGAAGUCGACGGGCUCGGGUGGAGGUGGGACCACAACUGCGAAUAGCGUCACUCCUACGUCAGGUGCCGCACCGAACGUUAAGUCUGGCGGUGUGGUCCCCAUUGCGCCCGGCCCGCCCAAACCGCAGCCUACUAACGCUGCACAAAGCCGUGGAGCCAACGUAGCACCGAAACGUGCGCGGAGGCAGAGCAAGAGUGGAGGACAAGAACUAGAAAUGGCUGAUGCUGAAGAUACAAGCGGCAAGGCGCCUUCAGGCGCGAGGAGAAAGGAGUCAACGGUUUCGACUCCAAGCACCAUACAGAACCAGAGUCUCGGCAGUCUUCCCAUGGGCGCCAUGGGGCAGGGUCUUCAGUCCUCAGGCCCGCAGGAAUGGGAAUGGCUCACGAUGUCACUAUAA